AUGAGAGGCUCAAUUCAAGGGUUUUCAACCAUAUAUUCUAUUGGAAAUGAUGUAGUUAAACUACCAAGGAUUUCAAAACUUUUAGCUCAAUAUCCGCUGGAUCAAAAGAACGGGAAAUUGGAGAAUCAAAUAACGUUCCAAAGAAUUGCAAGCAAGUUUAUGCACCCAAUAGAAUAUUCUAACAUUGAUAAGCAUCAAAAUAACCUCGUAACAUAUAUUGGAGGCAUUUGGGCUACUAAAGAGGCAAUCUUUAAGGCCUUAUCAGGAUUUGUCCCCAAGAAGGACCUACCACCUGCACAAACUAUAUACACUGGAUUAUUUUAUAAGAUUAACUCUAUAGAAAAUGGGGCACCAUUUGUUAUAUUUGAUGAUACUUUUAAAUCUAAAUACCCUCAGUUUCAAUUAUUUUAUAAUACUUAUAUCCAGGAUACAAACCUAAAGGCAUUGCUCUCCAUAGCACACGAUGGUGAUUACUUAUUUGCAAACUCAAUGCUUGUCAAAGAUAAGAAGAAAAUAUAA